AUGUCGCUGUGUCUCCGCGUCUUGAAGCUACGUUCCUCCCUGUGGCAACGCUAUCAAAGUAUCAGCACUCGCUCCUUUCCCAUUACUCCCGCUCCUGCCUUUCCAGACGAAUAUUUACAUGCUGAAAUCGUGACAUCUCAAGUACCAGGUUUCAAAUCACAGCAGCAACUUCGGCGUCUCGCUGCGCUGCAAAACACGGGCGCAAUCAACUUUUUCGUUGAUUACGUGGCCAGCAAAGGCAAUUAUCUAGUGGACAUUGAUGGCAACCGCUUCCUUGACGUGUAUGGACAGAUUGCGUCAUUACCCAUUGGUUAUAACCAUCCCAAGAUCCUUGAGGCUGUGAGCAAUACAGACAAUCUGGCCAUGCUUGCUCAACGGCCAUGUCUUGGCGUGUUCCCGCCUGCUGAUUGGGUUGACCGCAUUAAUGAUACGCUACUUAAAGUGGCCCCGAGAGGAUUGGAAGACGUUAACACGCUCAUGUGCGGCUCGUGCUCCAAUGAAAACGCCUACAAGGCGGUCUUUAUGUGGUUCCAGAGCAAGCUGAGAGGAGGACGCUCACCUUCCAAGCACGAUCUGGAGACGAGCAUGGCUCACCAACUACCCGGGACACCAAACUUGAGUAUUUUAUCCUUCCAAGGAGGCUUUCAUGGCCGUCUUAUGGGCUGUUUGUCAACGACACAUUCGAAGGCAAUUCAUAAAGUGGAUGUACCGGCAUUUGACUGGCCAAUUGCACCGUUUCCCAAAUUGCGAUACCCUCGGAAUAUUCACCAAGCUGCCAAUGAAGCGGAAGAAGCACGAUGCUUGGAUGAGGUCGAGCGGCUGCUUAAGGGCAGUGCUGAGAUGACUAAGCCUGAGGACUCACGUAUUGCCGGAAUGAUCAUUGAACCGAUACAAGCCGAGGGUGGAGACAACCACGCAAGUCCUGCUUUCUUCCGCAAACUACGUGACCUGGCUGCCAAAUAUGGUGUGGCGUUCAUUGUGGACGAGGUCCAAACGGGAGGUGGCAGCACUGGGAAAUUCUGGGCGCAUGAACACUGGGGGCUGAAGAACCCGCCUGACCUCGUCACUUUUAGCAAGAAGAUGCAGACGGGUGGAUAUUUUGCAAAAGGAGAGUUCCGCCUUAAGGAGAGCUAUCGCAUCUUUAACACGUGGAUGGGUGAUCCCACGAAGAUGAUUCUUCUGAAGGCGGUGCUUGACGUGGUAGAGAGCGACAACCUCUUGGAGAAUGUCAACAUCACGGGUGCCUACCUGAAAACUGGGCUGAAUGAGAUUGCCACAGAGUUUCCCGCAUUGGUGUCGAAUGUACGUGGUCAGGGAACGUAUUUGGCUAUGGACUUCCCGACAGAAGCCGUGCGCAACGAAUUCGUGAGUCUGAUGAAGACGAAAGGUGUCGCCUCGGGAGGGUGUGGAAGCAACUCGGUUCGAUUUCGACCCUCGCUGGUCUUCCAACCGAAACACGCAGCGGAAUACUUGGACAAGAUGCACGAGGUCUGCAAAGUUCUUGUUACGGCAUAG